ACGGUGGGAUGAAGAGGAAGUGAGCAGCAUGACAUCAGUUCAGCAAAACUAGAUAAACACAUUCAGAUCCUCAUUUCCUCAGUGUGCGCCGUUGAAUGCUGCAUGGACAUGGAGUUGUAAGCCGUUUACAGUGUGUGGAAAUCUAAUGCUGCUGUUUCCUCUCUCUAGCGAUGUCUACGAAAACAUGGCUUCCUGGUACACAGUGUGUCGCCAAAAGUGACCACACAAGACCUAAACCCAAUGAAAUCUUCUAUCGCAAAGGAGAUAUCCUUACCAUUUUAGGUUUGGAGUUGUUAAUGGGGAAGGCCAUCUACAGAGCCAAGCACAACAGGACAGGUGAAGAAGGUCUGAUCUUUGCUUCUAACAUGCGAGAGCGUGAAGCCCUGCGUGUAGACCCCAGUCUCAGCCUCAUGCCAUGGUUCCAUGGGAAGAUCUCAGGUCCAGAGGCUGUCAGCAAACUGCAGCCGAUGGAGGACGGCCUGUUUCUGGUACGCGAGUCCAUUCGGCACCCUGGUGACUAUGUCCUGUGUGUAAGCUUUAAGCAAGAGGUCCUUCAUUACCAUGUCAUCUACCAGGAAUCCAAGCUGACAAUUGACAGGACCCAGUACUUCUACAACCUCAUUGACAUGGUGGAGUUCUACGCCAAGAACAAAGGCAUUAUUGCUACCACACUGCAGAAACCUAAAGAGAAAGAGGGCACUAAGUCUGCUGCACUGCAGCUCUCAAAAAUGGGCUGGCUAUUAGAUCUCUCAAAGCUAACUUUGGGAGAAAGUAUUGGAAACGGCGAGUUUGGAGCGGUGUUUCAGGGUGAGUACAUGGGCAGGAAGGUGGCAGUGAAAAACAUAAAGUCUGAUGUCACUGCUCAAGCUUUCCUGGACGAGACUUCUGUUAUGACAAAACUGCAGCAUAGGAAUCUGGUGCAGUUAUUAGGAGUGAUUCUACACAAUGGCCUCUACAUCAUCACAGAAUUUAUGGCAAAGGGUAAUCUGGUGAAUUACCUACGAUCACGAGGUCGCUCAGUUAUAACCACAGCUGAACUCCUGCAAUACGCUCUAGAUGUGUGUGAAGGCAUGGAAUAUCUGGAGUCAAAGAAACUUGUACACCGGGACCUGGCUGCCCGUAACAUCCUCAUAUCUGAGGACAAUAUUGCCAAAAUCAGUGAUUUUGGCCUGGCCAUGGUUGACUGUCAGAGCAUUGAUGUUGCAAAGUUACCUGUGAAAUGGACUGCACCUGAGGCCUUAAACAACAAGAAGUUCUCUACACGGUCAGAUAUUUGGAGUUACGGUGUGCUUCUAUGGGAAACUUUCUCCUUUGGCAGACAGCCCUACCCCAAGAUGACUCUGAAGGAGGUGAAGGAGAAAGUGGAGGAGGGAUACCGCAUGGAGCCGCCUGAAGACUGUCCAUCUGAGAUCUAUGCCAUCAUGAGGCUCUGCUGGGAGAAGGACCCCAAAAUGAGACCGUCAUUCCAUAAGCUCAAAGAGCGUCUACAGGCUGAGCUGAACAAACACGAGUCCCCCACAGAGUCCUGACAUCAUUUUCUCCAUUCGCACAUCUGCUUUCUUCAUAGCAGACCAGACAUUUUAUUCACAAAUAAUUACACUAUACUGUAUUGGACACAGUAACAAGGUUCCUGCUGUAACCUGUUCACCAAGAGUUGACACGGAAUAUACUCUCUAUAUGUCACUUGCUAAUUUAUUUUUAUUUAUCUAACACUUUAUUUCAAAAGGACAUUUCACAAUGGAUGUGUAAUCUUCUUAAGUGAGGAUACAGACCUCGAAGCAAAAGGCAGCAUGAAGCUCAUAUUUAUGUUUUGAAAGCUGGCAGAACUGAAAAGACAGUUAUAAAAUGUUGCUAUGGACUGUGGAUAUAUGGAAGGAAUAUGACCUGUGGCUCAACUCAGAAGAUAAAAUUAAGCAGCAAACCUUUGUGCUUAAUUGAAAUUUGUGGAGAAGAAUCUCUCUUUAAUCUACACAUCAUAAGACUCAGUGCUACAUUUUGGUCUGCUGAGAACUUUUGUUCUAUACUGCAUUUUUGAGAAUUUUUCAAAGAUAAUUUGUUUGUCUCUCUGUCUUCAGAGGAUAAAUGUAAACAGCACAAAUGCAGGAGGAGAGACGGACUCUUCUGGGGAUUAAAAUUCAAGAUCACGAGUA